CUACGGCAAUGCAGCUGUUAUGAUUUGUGGUUCAAAUCAAACAUGCUGUGAUAAUUCAAUAAGUGUAUGUAUUGGAAAUGGUACGCUGUGUUCAAUUGGAAGUCAACUAUGCAAUGGUCUCUGUUAUAAUCCACAAUCGCAAUAUUGCAUAGGUGGUAACAAUACUAUUUAUUGUACCAGUAAUCCCUCUUCGCCCAACUGUCCUAUUACCUCUACUACAUCAACUCCUUCAACAUAUACUGUAUUUAACAACGACACAGGAAUAACAACAACAACAACAACAGCAACACCAAUAGUGCCUUCAGGUAGCUGUUGUGCAGUUCAGAAUUGUACACAAAACUCUGAUUGUUGUGGAUCUAGUUCGAUGGAAUGCCAAUGCUUUCGACAUAACACAGCUGAUGUUUAUGGUUCAUGUAUUAAUCCUUUUGUUACUCCAAUGUGUGGCACAAGUUGUCCAGUACAAGGUAAAUGUAAAACUGAUUCAGAUUGUUGCAAAUGUCAAUGUGUCGACAUAAGUUUUACUGAUGUGAAUGAACAACUAAUUACAAAGAAACAAUGUGUACGACGUUAA